CUAUCUAUCCCGCCUCUACACUUUCCGGCCACCGCACUCCGUCGCCGUCAGAUUCCAACGCUGGUCAUCCGUUCGGCGAAAGCAGAGCUCAGAGAAGACACUGACCCUUUGAUUCAAUCAGCUAUUCAUUCCGCUUCUCUUCAGCCUCUAUUCAUCGACCCAUAUGCGGCUUGCUUUUUACCUCCUUCUACGAACAAGGAUUCAGACAUCCAUGAACAACGACAACAAUAUUAUUGUCUUGCAACAAAGUUCAUAGAUGACAAAUUGUUACAUAUAGCUAAACGCAUCGAUGGUCUAAAGCAGGUUGUCUUGUUCACGGAUGGCAUGGAUACUCGACCUUUCAGGCUUAAUUGGCCAACUUCAACUAUGAUCUUUGAUGUAUCGCCGGAUAGAGUUUUCGAAAUAGCAUCUCACAAGCUUCAAGGUGUGGGAGCUAAGAUUCCGAAAAGUUGCUUGUUCUUUCACAUUCCUGAGGAAUCCGGAAACAUGGAGCAAGGUUUACGCUCAAAAGGGUUUAGUGGGAAUCGGCCAAGUAUAUGGGCAAUGCAGGGUUUACCCAUUGAGUCACAAUCGAGUUUCGAAGCGAUUCUAUCAGCAAUUAGUAGUUUAGCCAUGAAUGAAUGUUAUCUCAUAGGAGAAUUGCCUACAAGUAUCACACUCCAGUCGGAUUUGACAAAAUGGAUGGACAAACUGUUUAUGAGCAAUGGUUUUAAGGUGAAGAUAGUUAGCUAUGAAGAGAUCGCUGAAAGUUUGGGCAUUGUAUUACAUUCACAAGUGAACCAGAACCAGAACCAGGACACGAUUUUGUUUAUCGCACAACAGCUCAGGUUUUCAGAUGAUCAGAUGGAGAAAUGGAGACAAGAGUUUGAGAGGGUGGAAGAAGAUGGAGAUGAACAAGGGUUUGAAGAACUU